AUGAUAAGCCUGUGUCUAAAAAAUGAACUUGAACCAAGCUCUAACCCUUUAAUCUACCACCAAAAUGAUAAGCCAGAAUCUAAGAAGUUGAUUGCAGAUGAAUUUGACCGGAGCUCUAACUUUUUAUUCUACUACCAAAAUGAUAAGCCUGUGUCUAAAAAGUUGAUUGCAGAUGAAUUUGUACCUAGCUCCAACCCUUUAAUCUACCACCAAAAUGAUAAGACAGAAUCUAAGAAGUUGAUUGCAGAUGAAUUUGACCCGAGCUCUAACGUUUUAUUCUACUACCAAAAUGAUAAGCCUGUGUCUAAAAAGUUGAUUGCAGAUGAAUUUGUACCUAGCUCCAACCCUUUAAUCUACGACCAAAAUGAUAAGCCAGUAUCUAAGAAAUUAGUUGUAGAUGAAUUUGAACCAAGAUCUAACCCUUUGAUCUACCACCAAAAUGAUAAGCCAGAAUCUAAGAAAUCGAUUGCUGAUGAAUUUGACCCGAGCUCCAACAUUUUAUUCUACUACCAAAAUGAUAAGUCUGUGUCUAAGAAGUUCAAUGCAGAUGAAUGGCCCAUGCUCCAACCAUACUCUAUAAUCAAAAUGACAAGCUACUAUAUAAGAGGAUGA